GCGGACAAACCACACAAAGGGAGUUGAGGGGGCAAAAAUACACACAGCACUGCGACCUGUUACGUGAGCGACGACAACGCAUUGUCAGUCAAGACAACUCACAUCAAGCAAGCCACCGCCCACCGAGACCACAGCCACACUGCUUCCUUGGUUGGCUCGGGCGCCAGUCUCGUUGGUGUGACAAUAUCAGAGUGCAGAGAAGCGAGAGCACAAACACCACUCACCCACCAUGCAGAAGAUUGGCUCCAUCAAGCCAUAUCGCCGCAAGGCUGCGGUGAACGACAGUGUGGAUACGCUUUGGUCCAAGCUGGACAAUGCCAUCACACUCAUACAGGAACAUCGGGAGAGCAAGCUCAGCUUUGAGGAGCUGUAUCGGACAGCGUACCAGAUGUGUGUGCAAUCCCACGACCAAGAGCUGGUGAAGCGCGUGACAAACAAGCUCAAGGCCCGUGCCAACAAGCUGCGGCAAGGCAUUGAAGAAUGCAUCGGCAUCGACCGCGUUGCGUUCUUGAAGAAGCUGUCAAGCGCAUACAGCAUGUACUGUCUUGGGGUGAUCAAGAUGAGCGACAUCCUCAUGUACUUGGACAAGCAGUACCGCGCGCGCCGCAACCUGCCAACCAUCUUCACGAUUGCAAUGGGCGUGUUUGAGAGCGAGGUGGUGAUGGCAGCCAAUCUCAACUCGGAACUGCAGGAUGCUCUGCUCGUUCUUCUUGAUGAGGACCGCGAGGGGAAGGCCAUCGAGCGCUCUGUUGUCAAGGCGUGCACCUCCAUGUUGGUGCAGCUGGGCGCCGACACCUCCGAUGAGGAACUACACGUCUACAACACGAACAUCGGCAAGCGGUAUCUUGAUCGGAUUGACAACUACUACCGCAACGCAAGCCAGCGCCUCCUCGAACAGAACACGUGCUCCUGGUACGUUUCGUACACUGUGCGGCACUUGCAGGAGGAGGAGGACAGGUGUGACCACUGCCUUCACGAGGAAACAAAGGAAGCAGCGCUCAAGUUGCUGCGGCGACGGUUGCUUGAGGACCACAUUGCCGAGAUUCUCCGCCUUCCACAGGGCCUCACACACAUGAUCGACAACAAGCGCGACAAAGAUCUGCGUGCACUGCUGACGGUGUACGCUGGGACGACGGUCGGUAUCGCCACCGCUGCCGCUGCCGUCCGCGAACACGUCGUGGCGAGCGGGCGUGCUGCCAUCGAUUCGCAUCAAAGCCAAUCGCGACCCGCCGUUCCCAUCAUGCAGGCGAUUCUUGAUCUCCGAAAACGGUUUGAUGGCGUUGUAUCUGUUGCCUCGUUCGACCCAGCCGUCCACGCCGCCAUCCGAAGAGACGUCACGCAGGGGUUUGAGGACUUUGUGAACGAGCUGGAGCAAGCGCCGGAGUAUCUUUCGCUCUUCAUCGACGAGCAGCUCAAGCGCGGCAUCAAGGCGCUCUCUGAUUCGGAGGUGGAGGCCUUGUUCGAUCUCACCACCAAGAUCUUCAGGGCUAUCACUGACAAGGAUGUGUUUGAGCGCUUCUACAAGCAGCACUUUGCACGUCGCCUGCUCCUCAACAAAUCCGCAUCCAUCGACGCCGAGCAGUCGUUUCUGCAACGCCUUCAGGUUGAGUGUGGGUCGUCGUACACGAAGAAGCUUGCGGCCAUGUUCAGGGACUGCACCCUGAAGGACAACAUGAUGGAGCGGUUUAGAGAAGCAGUCAAGAUGAAUGAAAAGAGGCCCAUGUUUGACUUCUCCGUAAACGUGCUGACGCUCGGCUCCUGGCCGUUUACACAGCAGCCGCCCGCCUGUGUUCUUCCACCACAACUCAUGCAAGCGUGCGAUGUGUUUGAGCAGUGGUACCACUCGUUCCACACGGGCCGCAAGCUCACGUGGGAUUUUGCGCUGGGUCAGGCGGAGAUUGUUGGUGUGUUCCAGAAUGGAAAGAAAAAGCACAUCUUCCAGGUCACGACGCUCCAAAUGAUCGUUCUUCUUCAAUUCCGCAAAGGAGUGGCGCUGUCUACGGAGGCGCUUCAGAGCAGCACGCAGCUGUCUCUCGUGCGCUUGCAUCGCAUUCUGCAGUGCUUGGCAUCAAGCAAGGUCCGGCUCCUCAAGAAAUCGCCGCCGACGAAGACAAUCGCUGAGACGGACGCAUUUUCGGUGAAUGAGAAGUUUUCGUCACGCAUGGUGAAGAUUCGCAUUCCGCAGCUCGUCAGCAAAGAGGCAACAGCAGCAGAGGCAAAGGACACGAUGAAGAAAGUGACGGAGGACCGGAAACACGAGGUCGAGGCAUGCAUUGUGCGCGUGCUGAAGAACAGGAAGCAGCUGCACUACAACGACAUUGUGGUGGAAGUGACGCAGCAGCUUGCCAAGCGGUUCCAGCCCCCACCACUCCUGAUCAAGAAACGCCUUGAAGCCCUCAUUGACCGCGAAUUUGUCGAGCGCGAUGACAAGGACAGGACACUGUACCGGUACCUGGCGUGAUGCGCCAUGUGUGAUAUCACGGUGUCCCUGUUGAAUGUGUAGGCAUCCUGACGUAUCGUUGUGUGCGUGUGUGUGUGCGUGUGUGUCAUGUGUGUGUGUGUGCGUGUGUGUCAUGUGUGCGUGUAUCGUUAUCUAAUCGAUCGAUUGCGGUAAAGUGGGCGACUGGGCAGCCACUGCAUGAAAGUUGUAUCGUCGUCCUGCCCUCUGUCUUCAUGUGUAGCACCACCCCCAACCUUUCAACCGUCCUUCCUUCCUUUUCUUCCUUUAUUAAAACCAGGCACACA